CAGUGCAGAGGCGGAACCUGUUUCCGAGCACUCGGGCGGAGCUGGAGGUAGAGCCGAGCCGGUUCAGUUUGUUUGUGGGACACAGUGCAAUGGCGACAGCAAGAGCAAGGACAGGAGGUGGCUUGCUGAGGGUUUUAUCACAACUGUUAUUCCAGGCCCACGGUGUUCGUAAUGGACCCCAGAGAUCUGUUAGCACAAUGUUUAAGGCUACUGAUUUGCAGAUUGAGAUUUCUAAGCACCCCAAGGAGAAGCCUGACAGCAGCAACCUGGUGUUUGGAAAGUCGUUUUCAGAUCAUAUGUUGACAAUAGAAUGGAGUGCAGAGAAAGGAUGGGACAAGCCCCUUAUCAAACCCCUGCAAAAUCUCUCACUGCAUCCAGCAACUUCAGUCCUGCAUUAUUCUAUCGAGCUGUUUGAAGGUAUGAAAGCUUUCCGAGGGGUAGACAACAAGAUUCGCAUGUUCCGACCGGAUUUGAACAUGGAACGAAUGCAUCGAUCAGCACUCCGAGCAUGUCUGCCGGGCUUUGACAAAGAAGAGCUGGUGGAGUGCAUCCGAAAGCUAAUUGAAGUUGACAGAGAAUGGGUCCCAUAUUCUGAUGCAGCUAGUCUCUAUAUCCGGCCCACUUUCAUUGGAACGGAGCCUUCCCUUGGGGUGUCUCGAGCUGAUCAUGCCCUACUCUUUGUUAUCAUUGGGCCAGUUGGACCCUACUUUGCGACAGGAAGUUUCAACCCGGUCUCAUUGCUUGCUGAUCCCAAAUAUGUACGUGCCUGGAAAGGGGGCGUAGGUGACUGCAAAAUGGGAGGAAAUUACGGUCCUACGAUAUAUGUUCAGAACGAAGCCCAGAAACAAGGCUGUCAGCAGGUUCUGUGGCUCUACGGAGACGAGCAUGAGCUCACAGAAGUGGGAACUAUGAACAUCUUCAUUUAUUGGAAGAAUGAGCAAGGCGAGGUGGAGUUGCUCACUCCUCCAUUGGAUGGUACAAUCCUCCCAGGAGUCACAAGGCAGAGUUUGUUGGACUUGGCUCGUCAGUGGGGUGAAUUUAAAGUUUCAGAACGAGGGAUAACAAUGGCUGAACUGAUUAAAGGGCUGCAAGAGAGUCGAGUGGACGAGGUUUUCGGCGCUGGUACAGCCUGUGUUGUCUGCCCAGUGAAUCGAAUCUUGUACCACGAUCAGAACUACCACAUUCCCACCAUGGAGAAUGGCCCAGAACUAGCAAAACGGUUCCUGAAAGAGCUAACAGACAUUCAGUAUGGCCGAACCUUAAGCAACUGGACACGCCUGGUCAUCUAAGCACUGGAAAUCAGUCUCCCGUUCUGCAGAAAGCUGAUCCAGUUGCCAUCUGUGUUGCUUUGAGAUGGGAUACUUGGUAUCCUUUCAGAUAAUUUGUGUUGCUUCAAGAAAACAUCUGACAUUUAUAAAUCUAGUUCAAUAAUAGAUUUAGCCGGGGUUGGUACUGUUUUUUAGAUUAAUUAGUCUGACUAAAUAUAUAAUGUUAACUGCAUACCAACUAUGCUAUUGCCGUUUAUGGGAGUUUGGAAUUUAAAUUCUACUCGAUGUCAGUGAAUACCAAAGUGUUUAGCAUUACUGACCCCGGUGCAAUGUGAAACUCUCCACUGCAGAUGUCCAAAGAAAUCACUCAUGCAGGAAGAAGUGAGUAAUAUUUCAACCAUGAUCCCAUAGAACAUAGAACAAAACAGCGCAGUACAGGCUCUUUGGCCCUCGAUGUUGCGCUGACCUGUGAAACCAAACUGAAGCCCAUCUAACCUGCACUAUUCCAUUAUUAUCCAUAUGUUUAUCCAAUGACCAUUUAAAUGCCAUUAAACUUGGCGAGUCUACUACUGUUGCAGGCCGGGCAUUCCACACCCUUACUACUCUCUGAGUAAAGAGUGUUGAAUGGCAAAGCAGGCUUAAGGGGCCAAAUGGCCUACUUCUGUUCUUAUUUCUUAUAGCCUGUCUUAUCUUUACCCUGUUCUUCCUUUGCUCUGCUGCCAGUUACAGUAGUCAUCAAUCAAAACUUAUCAAUGUCUGGAGCAGGAAUGUCAGUCUAACAGACUGAAUCUCUCUCAGACCUAAUCUUGGAAUGUUGUGAAAACAUGGCCCAUUUCUUUCAGAUAUAGAGUAAUCUGCAGCACAGCGUCUGUGCUUUUGGAACCAAAUUCAGUUUCUCGUCUUUAUUCCUAGGGAUUAUAUUAGCUGCAAACUUUUGUCUCGAGGUUUCUGUUGGCUUAGGUGCUAAAAGUUGUCUUGAACCACUGGUUGUUGGCUAAUGAGUCUGCUCCACUGGUCCAACCAUCUGAAUUGAGCCUUUUACAUCCCUUGAGAAUAGGACAUCUUUGCCAGUAGAUCAUCCUGACAAAAUGAUGUUUCUAUCAGUACGUUCUCUCUGUUUGCAUUCAGAAUGAGUGCUCUCAUAAGUUGAUAGCAAUUGAACUGACCACUGUGAAACUAGAACAUCAUAAAACUCAUGAGCAUAACGUAAAUGAUGCAGUAAAUUACAAUGGCUUCUUAAAUUUAUCUGUAUUGCUUUUUUUUUUACCAAGUUUGUAAUAUAUUUUUAAUUCUCUGUGCCUUUGUGCUAGAAUGUGAAGGCACACAGAAGUAGAUAGACAUUACAAUCUUGCGGUUUUUUUUUCUAAUUUUUUAUUUAUUUACCCUCUGAAAACUUUCCAUCCAGUAUAGAGUGCCCAGACAGUACUCUGUGGCUGCUUGAACAGUUGGUUAUGACAAUACCA